GUACUGGUCCAUGCUGGGCUGUGCAGUCUGUACAGGCUCCCAUUGGGCUAUACUGGGUUGUAUUGGGCCAUACUGGGCUGUGCUGGAAGGUACUGGGCCAUACUGGGUCAUACUGGGUCGUGCUGGGCCUCAUUAGACCAUGGAUGGGUAAUGGAUGCUCCAGAGUAUGAGCAGCAGAUACUGGUCUGGACUGGGCCAUACUGGGGUGUGUGGAGCCGUACUGGGCUGUUCUGGGUUGUACUGGGCCAUGCUGGGCUGUGUGCUGCUGUACUGGUCUGUACUGGUGGAUAGAUAUGGGUCCAUACUGGGCUGUUCUGGGCUGUACUGGGCCAUGCUGGGCUGUGUGCUGCUGUACUGGUCUGUACUGGUGGAUAGAUAUGGGUCCAUACUGGUCUGUACUGGUCUGUAUUGGUCCGUACUGGCCCCUCCCCUGUCCCCACAGGCCCCGCGGCGACGCCCAGACGGGACCAACAUGGAGCCCUGAGAGGAGGCGCCGCCGUGGGAUGGCGAAGCUGCUGGUGCCGCUGGUGGUGCUGGGGGCGGUGGCGGGCGGGGCCCCCCCGGCCGCCCCCCGGUGCCCCCCGCGCUGCCUGUGCCCGGCGGCGGCGCCGAGCCCGACGCUGCUCUGCGCCCGCACGGGGCUGCUGGCGGUGCCGCCCAGCCUGGACCGCGGGGCCGUGGAGCUGCGCUUGGCCGACAACUUCAUCGGCGCCGUGGGCCGCGCCGACUUCGCCAACAUGAGCUCGCUGGUGCACCUGACGCUGUCGCGGAACGGGCUGCGCCGCCUGGCCCCCGGCGCCUUCGCCGACCUGCGCGCCCUGCGCGCGCUGCACCUCGACGGCAACCGGCUGCCGGCGCUCAGCGGGCCCCAGCUCCGCGGGCUGGCCAGCCUGCGCCACCUCAUCCUGGCCAACAACCAGCUGGCCGCCAUCGACGCCGCCGCCUUCGCCGCCUUCGCCGCCACCGUGGAGGACCUGGACCUGUCGCACAACAACCUGCCGGCGCUGCCCUGGGACGCCGUGGCCGCCAUGGCCAGCCUGGCCACGCUCACGCUGGACCACAACCUGCUGGAGCGGGUGCCGGCGGGCGCCGUGGCGCGGCUGCCGCGGCUGGCGCGGCUCGACCUCACGGCCAACCGGCUGCGGGCGCUGCCGCCCGUGCCGGGCCCGCCGGGGCCGGCGCUGGCGGCCGGGGGGAACCCCUUGCACUGCAACUGCGAGCUGCUGUGGCUGCGGCGCGUGGCGCAGCCGGGGCGCCUGGAGACCUGCGCCACGCCGGCGCCGCUGGCCGGGCGGCUGCUGGGCGCCGUGCCCGAGGAGGAGCUCACGUGCCGGGCCCCCGCCGUCACCGCCGCGGCCGCCCACCCGCCCGCCGUCACCGAGGGGCAGCCGCUGCGCCUGGGCUGCGCCGCCGUCGGGGACCCCCCGCCCGCGCUGCACUGGCUGGGCCCCGACGGGCGCGUGGUGCACAACGGCUCCCGGCGCUCCGUGGGCGCCGACGGCUCCCUGGAGCUGCGCGUGGCCACCCUGCGCGACCACGGCGGCUUCACCUGCGUGGCCGCCAACGCCGCGGGAGAGGCGGCCGCGCGCGUCGACGUCGUGGUGGUGCCGCUGCCGGUGCCGCGCAGGGACCGGGACGGAGACGACCCCGAGCCCGGGCCCGGCCCCUCUGACAUGGCCAGGGCGGGGGGCAACGAGACCUUUGGGGGGGCGGGGCCCGGGGAGCGGCGGGUGGUGGCGGCCGAGGUGACCGGGUCCUCGGCGCGCAUCCGGUGGCUCCCCCAGCGCCACGUGCCCGGAGUCCGGAUGGUGCAGAUCCAGUACAACAGCUCCGCCGACGACGCCCUCGUCUACAGGCUGCUGCCCCCCUCCACCCGCACCUUCGUGCUGCGGGACUUGGCCCCGGGGCGCCUCUACGAGCUCUGCGUGUCCGCGCUGCACGUGGCCGGGGACCCCCCCGCCGCCCCCCGCCCCCUCGGCUGCGUCUCCUUCGCCACUGCCGCCGCCCCCCCGGGCUGCGCCGCCCCCCCCCGGCCCCACUUCUUGGGGGGCACCGUCAUCAUCGUCAUCGGCGCCGCCAUCGCCGCCUCCGUGCUCGUCUUCAUCCUCAUCCUCACGGCGCGCUGGAAGGCGGCGGGGGCGCGGCGACCCCCGCCCGCGCUCACCAGCGUCUGCUCCCAGACCAACGGCGGCCCCCGGCCCGCGGAGCCCCUCGAGCUGCCCCCGCUGCCCCCCCUGCCGCCCGGGCCCGGGGGGGCGCUCGGGGAGGGCCCCGGAGGGGGUCCCGGGCUGGGAGGGUCCCGGGGGCUGUUCCCCAGCCACAGUUACCCCCGGCGGGCGCGCCCCCGACGCCACGGAUCCCUCCCGCGGCUGGACGCGCCCGAGGGGACCCCCCUGGGACCCCUGCGCCCCUCCUUCGGCAGCACGCACUGGAUGCUGGAGAGCACCGUGUGA